CUCGUGAUGGGCCCUCUCACUGACUCUUAGCCAGCCGAGGAACUGUUGUUCCACAACCCAACUUCCACGAGAAAAACUCAACAAGAAUUAUUUCUCAGAGUUAUUCCAGCAAAAUACUGGAUAAUGGUUUAAAGAGAAAUCUCCCAGGAUCCUAAAAGAUUUGGGUUACUGAAAGGUCCAAGCUUAUAACUAGUUUUUUUCAAGAUCUGCUCAUAAGAUUGUUCUGGCAAGCCAAAUGGUGUAGCCCUCUGUCUUCACUACCACGAAUUCACUGACAUACAGUGUGAUUGGAUUUAUAAUCAUAUUGAGGACCUUUAAAUUCGUUCGUUUUUCUUGUACAGUAGGAGCUAUUAGUGCUUCUGCUGUCUCGUCCCAUGGAAUCUGACUCAGUUCUUAAACUAAAAAGAGGGCAAAGACACCGGCCCCUGACUCCUUUCAGAGUAAUAAGGGGUGUUCUUUGCUUGAUCGUCUUAGUCUUGACAGCAUUUGUAUUGUUAGUGUAUUUUGGCUUUUGGACAGCCAUUCCUUUGAGAUUUUUCAGCAUGCAUCACAGCAGGAAAGCAACGGCGUUCAUCUUUGGAAGUUGGAUUGCUCUUUGGCCUUUCUGGUUCGAGAAAAUAAACAGGACUAAGGUGGUAUUUUCUGGAGACUGUGUCCCUGCUGAGGAACGUGUGCUGCUUAUUGCCAACCAUAGAACUGAGGUCGACUGGAUGUACUUGUGGGAUCUUGCAUUGAGGAAGGGAUGUGAAGGUUACAUUAAGUAUAUUCUUAAGAGCAGCUUGAUGAAAUUGCCUGUUUUUGGUUGGGUUUUUCAUGUAAUGGAGUUUAUUCCUGUGGUGAGGAAAUGGGAGGCCGACGAAUUAAUGAUGCGCCAGAUGCUGUCAAGCUUCAGAGAUCCUCGAGAUCCUCUGUGGCUUGCUGUUUUCCCGGAGGGAACAGAUUUCACAGAACAGAAGUGCGUGCGCAGUCAAAAAUAUGCUUCUGAAAAUGGACUUCCUAUUCUGAAGAAUGUGCUGCUUCCCAAGACAAAGGGGUUUCAUGCUUGUUUGGAAAAUCUGAAGGACUCGUUAGAUGCAGUUUAUGACAUCACAAUAGGGUACCGCCAAAACUGCCCAUCUUUCUUGGACAAUGCCUUUGGGGUCGACCCCUCCGAAGUUCACAUCCACGUUCGACGUAUUUCACUUAAAGAAAUUCCAACAUCUGAAGAUCAGACCUCUUCUUGGCUGAUGAAUACAUUCAGCCUCAAAGACCAAAUGCUGUCUGAUUUUUACACGCAGGGGCAUUUCCCAAAUGAAGGAACAGAAACAAGCCUUUCUACAGUUAAGUGUGUAGUUAACUUCAUUCUUGUAAUGAUCUUGACUGGAACAUGCACAUUUCUUACCUUUUUCUCCUCGAUCUGGUUUAAAAUAUAUGUCUCGUUAGUCUGUGCUUACAUGGCUUCUGCGACAUACUUCGAUGUUCGGCCCUCGCCUAUAGUUCACUAAAUGCUCGACAUUUUAAGAUAAACUUUAGAAACAAGAUUCUUGUUAUGCUAUUUCCAGAUGUGUACUUGUUUUGUCCCUUGAUGUAUAUUUUUCCGUCAUAUAUUUGCUGUUAUUGCCUAACUCACUUU